AGCCUUCCCUGAAAUAUGGAUUAUGAUCGCGCCACAGCGAGGCAGUUUCCAAGGUACAGGAAGUGCAACCGAGUCAACUGCAGAAUACAGAGGAAGAUGUCUACCGUCCAAGGGGAAUUUAUUUUCGAUGCCGUUGGCGGCUUUUUAACCUCACCAAUAUGGAAUUUUCCAGUGCGUACUUUUAUAGAACAGAAUUCCCUAGUGUUCGAUUCCGACGGCGAAAACCACGAAGCAUAUCAGAAUAUACACAAAGAAUACAAAAAAAUGGUGGACACUUUGUUAUCGAGCUUUCUAAAGGAUGUUGGAAUAACAGAAGAACAGUUCAUGAAAGCUUGCCAGGAAGGAAGUAGCAGUCCGCAGUUUAGUUCCAUAAACAGGGAUGUCUUUGAUCAGUUAUGGGCUGCUGAAGAUUUUGAGGUAUUCAAGCGACUGAUGACUCAGAAAAAUAUUGAGCUUCAACUACAGGCCCUGCAGCUUCUACAGCAAAUUCAUAAUGUCCAAAUGCCUGUGCCAGUGACUAUGCAAAAUCAAAUGCCAAUGCCUGUUCAUAUGGCUCCACCCAGUUCUGUUCCACAGACUCAAGGGACAGAUGAAGAUGCCAUCAUGCAGGAGGUUUUGAAAAGAUCUAAGGAAGAGUUUGAGUCUAAACAUAAAGGCGCUACGGCUAAACCAGAGCAAGAAUUUGAAAGGACUUUGGCAGAAUCUGCAGAAGAAAGUAAAAGGUUAGCUGAGAUAGCCAAGAGAGAACAAGAUGAGUUAGAAAAAGCACUACAGGCAUCACUGGAGGCACAAAAGAAGCAGACAACCGAGGCGGAGAAAUUGCGGGAUGAUGUAAAAAAAUCACCAUCAAAAGGUUCUCCUCAGCCCACCUCUGCUGAGACCAAACCUGCACCCAAGCCAUCCCCCUCAGAAAGUAAAGCGGCGACUAAAGCUUCUCCCGCUGCGAGUAAGAGAGCACCUAAGCCCUCCCCUGUGAAAUCUACGCCACCCACUCAGCCUAACAGUCAAACUUCUGGGUUACCACCCCUGAUAGUACAAAAAAAGAAAGCGGAUACACCAACUAAUGCCGCAGAAGAAUGGUUAAAGAGCGCCAAGGAAGACGCCGCCAAGAAUACCAGUGUCACGCCAACUCAGCAGUCGAAGGAGAUAAGCGAAGAAGAGAUGAAAAGACGAGCUGCCUAUCUUAAACAACAGCGAGACAAGCUCAUGGAUCUGAAGAGGCAAGAACGCGAGAAGAACUUGGCGAAGUACACCGAACAACAGCCGAAGGCCCGGCCGACGUCUUCUCGAGCAGCGCGUCGGGUCACUGCCGGAGAGCAGGUCGCUUCGCCGGCUGCAAAGAGCGACGAAGAUGAAGGAAAGAAACUAGCAAUGCGGCGAGCUCUUGCGGACGUUUUGAAACGAGAAGUCGUCGAUAAAAAUUAAUUACUAGCGAACUAAUUUUUUGUAGGUUGAGCUUUAGCAAAGUCUUUUUUUAAGUUUUUGUUGUAUGAGAAUUUUACAGGAAGCGAAUAUUUUUUCGGGUAAACUUCUUACACGAGAAGUUUCUUCUUGGGCUAAAGUUUAGAAAUUCAAGGUAUUAAUUUAAUUUUCAGAGUCAUUCGGUGUGCUUCAAAGUUUUUUCUAUUUAUCUCUUUUUUUAUUCUCGUUUCAAGCCUAAUAUAUCUUCAUCCUGUUUCUAUUACCUUAAAGACACAUUUUCAGAUUAUAGUCACUAAUUAUGGAAUAUUUUGUCCCAAUGUGGACAGUGAUGGAACUGAAUUCAACAUCGUAAAGGAAACAUCUCCAUUACUUUUUUUUUACAGCAYUACUAGUACGUUAGCAGAGAACUUCAGACUCAUAUUUACUAAAAUGCAAGCUAGAAUUGAGAAAAAAAAACCUUCUUCAUCAUGAUACCAGAAAAAAUCCUCAAAAUGUUUUCAGGUUUUGGAAAGCCAAGGGUUUCUAGGACUUUUAAAAACUUGAAAAGAUUCAAAAAUGGAUAAAGUGCUUGGAGAAGUCUUAAAAACUGAUCGAAUUUACUUAAGUCACAAGCAAUAGCCAAUCUAAGUCAGAAAUUACGACAAGUUUUGAACUGAAACUGAAAUAAAUGCCCCUUCAGUCGUUAACCUUUUUAACUCCCAGAAGUUAUUGACAUGUAACUUCUCCCCAUAAUAUCUAAACAUCCUGCAAACAGGUGAUGAGAAUACUCAAACUUAUCUUGAUCUAACAACAAAUUUUCGUAACAAAAUUACACGGAAAUGAGUAGCAGUUAGAGGGGAGAAUGAACUAUCAGAUCUUGGAGGUUAAUGGGUUAAUUGCGCAUGAAGACACAAACUGUAGUAAAUUUAAGAAUGACAAGUGCUAUGUUUUAAAGUUCACAAAGCAACCAGGUGGAAAAUCAAACACGGUUUAAUGCUACUCUGGUUUAAAGAGUUAAUAAAUGUAACCGAGAAGUUACAGUU